UUUUCUUUCUUUCCAAACAGGCAGCAGUAGCAGCAGGGAAGUGCAGAUCUUGCUCUUUAAUUUUGUCUACUUUCCCAUGUUUACACAAUGAACCUACCCCCACCACCCCCACUAUCAUCAUCCUCAUCAUCAACUUCAACUUCAAAGUUGCAAAACAAGUGGUCUCCAGCACCGGCAGAUCUGAAGAUGGACCGGAGAAAGAAGCAGAGGCCUCGAAACCCUUUGAAGGAUCUCAACCACGUUGCCACCACCAUUUCCAGCACCAACUCCUCCUCCUCUUCUUCCCAGUCUAUUGAAGUCCCUAGAGGCUGUCUCCGCUUCCUUCUUUCUAAUUCUUCUUCUUCCAAAUCCCCCCGUUACAGGCCUAAAGCGCUCUCCAAAACCCCCAAAUCGGCCCCAAAUGCCCGGAUUUCGAAACCCUCUAAAUCUAAACCCCGAAAGGAGAACAUCCCAAAACGUGCAGUUGGAGAUGAGCUUCAUAAGCCUAAGAAAAACCCACCUUGCCUCUACCAGUGGCAGUCAAGAGGUCCCCAUAAGACAAAGCCGAAUGCUAAUUCAGAUAAAAUAUCAUCUGGGUCUGAAGAUUUGAAGCAGAAGGGGUGCUUGGUGAGGGGAGUUGAUGAGGCUGGUGAGGCUAUUCAGGCCAGCCUGAGAGGUGUUGCCGAUGAAAAUUCUACUCCUGUGAGUAAGUUACCAUCUGGGUCUAGUUUGGAUUUUGCAUUUGAUAAGGCUGUGGAAGAGAACUCAAAUGGUAGCAACAAUAAAACACCUCCUGUUCAGCCCUCAGUAUCUCCAGAGAUACAAUGUGGGUCAUCUCUGAUGGCCAUAACGCCUGCUUGUUAUGGUGCAGGCCACGUUCUUUCUGGGGUCACUGAUAAGAGGAAAUGCAGGGCUAGGGGGAUCCUUACAAUAGGGGAAAAUCAUAUGCUAAGCUUUGAUAAAUGUAAGGCUUUUGAUAAUGAUGUUCAAAGUGGUGUAGGUUCUGUUGACGAUUCUAGAGUAUCUGUGGUCCCUUUACCUACUGAAGCCUCAAUGCAUUGGCUCUUAUCUCCUCAAGGCAAGAAGGAUGAGAAUCUGAAGGAAGGUUCUGAAAACCCAUGUGGAAGGUUGGCUUUGUCUCCUUCUCCGCUUUCAGAUAUGUGUAAUUUUAGUGACAAAACUACUAACACCAUUACUAGUAGUAGUAGUAUUGAUAGGAGGAGUAGGAAGUCUCUGCUUUCGCCAAAUGGGCUCCAUGAAUUUCAAGGGUUUCCAGGGUCUUUAUCUGAUUACAUGGUUGGUUGUUCUUCCUUGUCUCCACUACAUGUUACACCUUGUUGCAAGGCACAAGAAGAGAUAAAGUACCGGUAUAGCCUUGUUGAGGAAAGUACUCCAAUAUCCAUGAGAACUGAUUCAUUGGGUAGUGGGAAUGUUAUUCAAACUCCACAAUCAGAUUCAAGUUCAGAUAGGCAUGCUGGGUCGACUUUGUUAAAUGCAGAUGUCUGUAAGGACCGACAAUUUGAAUCUGAGCUUGACUCAUUGGCAGAAGUUCUUCAGAUGACAAGCUUUUCUCCAAAGAGUCAUAUAUCAAUGUGGGAUCCAUCUGGCUUGAGUUCCCAGUUUGAUCAACUGCCUACACCUUAUAAUUCAAUCGACCUUAGCCGACUUCAAAAGACGUUGGAGAGGGCUUCUUGGAAUUCUAGUUCUACAUUAGAGAAUGUGUCACAUUCUCAGAUGAGGAUAUCAUGGAGAGAAGGUUUAAUCAGUCGGAUUUUUGAGAUGGAUGAGUUGGAUUGCUGCAGAUGCUUAUCUGAUGAAGAGGAAGAUGCUAAUGGCUGCAGUGAUGACCAGCUUAAAUCCCAUCUAAGUCCUGGACUCAAUGUUGAUGUAGGGAAUGAUCAGAUUUUAACCGCAGAUUUUGGGUCUUCAAAAUUCUUAGAUUGUAAACCAGGUGCUGAUAGAAAAGGCAAAGAAAAGCUUCUUCCUCAGAGACCAAUUGCUUGUGCAGAGUCCGUAAGCACUGAUGGCGGUGGCCUGGUCGCUUCAGGGGAUUCAGACUGGACCUUAUGCUACAAGAACCAUUUGUUUGAAGAAUAAUUUAUUGCAUUUGUUUUUCUUCGUUUCUUUAGUAAGUGCAGCUAAACUUAGGUCAAAGUGGUUUUCUCUUGGUGGUAAUCAAUAGUAGCCACUCAAGAAUCACUUAUGUAUUCUAUUUUUUUUUUCCCUGUAAUUUGAUGUUCAAUUGUGUUUCACAAAAUUUCUUUCAUAUAUUAUAUUUUCUCUUCAUUCCAUUGUAUGGAAUGCAUCUA